UCACCUCGGCGGUCACUGUUGAGCUCUAUCUGCUGUGCUGUAUCUUUUGUAACGUUACUCUAAACUCUUUUGUCCCCGUCAGAAUCCUAAAGAAUUAUGACUGUCGUUACUCAGUGAUGUGGUUGGUCAGUAGUUGGACAGGUGACUGGCUUUGAUCUCUUAUGUGCUCGAACUUCACCCGCUCCGGAGCAGGUUAGCCGUUCAGCACAGGUUGCCAUGGUGAUUUUUACCCCGGUAAAAGAGAAUCAGCUUCGUAGGACGGAAAUGCCAGAGUUAAACAUGAAGUUACUGCAAUGUCCGUCACUCCUGCUUCGUGGUACAGGCGUCCGCAAUGUACAGAAGCUCAUAACCCUCGCAACACACAAUUCAACACAACGCAAUACGCCUAAACAAACCAACGAGGGCGCGCAAUUUUAAACCUUUGAAUCACAUUUCGACGCAGUCAUGCAUUCAUGUUAACGUUCACAGAUUUUUGCAUGUCAUUUGUUUCUCAACAAACGACCUGAAUUAUGCGAGCAUUGUCGUUGUUUGUGUGUUGUGUUCAUUUUAAUAAAGUUUAAAAAAAUUCGAAGCGGUCACGUGAGCGUGUGUAAGAAACGAUGCGUCUGACGUCAUCGGUCACGUGACUCUGAUAGAGCGAAUCAAGCUCCAGAUACAAAGCUUCACUGAAAAUCGUUUCUUCUGUUUUUGACACGCGCCUCGGAGCUUUUGGUGCCACGGCCGGGUAACAUCAGUGGAAACACACCGCGGGGUCGAUGUCCAAAGACAACCGCCACGAUGGACGACGGCGUGGCGCUGGGCAGCACCGUCUCGGCCCGAGGGUUAGCCAAGGUGGGGACGGGAGGGAGAGGUCCGGUAGCAACAGCUCCGGCUCCUCGCAUGGAGGAGGCAAAAGCAAGAAUACGUCCAUAACCGCUCUAAAGGCAUCUUUUCAGCGCUCCAACAGCCAUGACAAAGUGCGGAAGAUAGUUGCUGAAGAGGGCCGCACUGCUCGAAACCUCAUUGCGUGGAGUGUACCUCUGGAGAACAAAGAGGAGGAAGCAAAGUCCAAAAACAACUCCAGUAGCAGUUCCAGGGUUCAGAGGAUCAAUGCCGGUCAACAAAGGAAUAAGAAGCAGAAUGCUGGUGUGGAAAAUAAAGGCACAGCCGGUGGCUUGUUGGACAAGGGGGCAGAAAAGAGCCCCACCAAAGUCAGACAGCCCCGUAAGGUGGACCUGCGAGCUCGCUACUGGGCGUUCCUCUUCGACAACUUGCGUCGAGCUGUGGACGAGAUUUAUGUCACCUGUGAAUCUGAUCAGAGUGUCGUAGAAUGCAAGGAGGUUUUGAUGAUGUUGAACAACUACGUACGGGAUUUCAAAGCUCUCAUAGACUGGAUCCAGCUGCAGGAGAAGUUGGAGAAUACAGAUGCCCAGAACAGGCCCACGUCUUUGGCCUGGGAGGUGCGUAAGAUGUCUCCGGGACGUCAUGUGAUGCCAGGCUCCUCGGGAGACAGAAUGAUUCCCUCUCCAGGGGCACGUCGCACCCUUAACUUUGGUGGUCCUCCACCUACAUUGGCUGCAGCCCGGUUCUCCCACUCAGGCCCCAGCUGGGCAGACCGGGUGAAGUGCACCCAGUCCCUGCCCAGUCAAACAACCACAUCUGCAGUAGAAAAAUCUGGUAACAAGGAUGCUGAGGGCUGGGAGACUGUCCAGCGAGGACGCACUGCCAGGCCGCGCUCUGCUGCCAUGGUUGCCAAGGGAGAGCAACAACUCCAACCUCAGUGUCACCCAGACAAGGACUCGACCCAGACAGACGAUGAGCAGCGAGUCCCUGCGGAACCUGACCCCCUGGAGAAGGUUGGAAGUCCAGGGAACAAGCACACCUUGGAGCUCCCAGCAGAGAGUAUACAAGACUCGGGGCAGUGUGUCGACGCACCUUGUGAAGACGCGCCUCCCCCCAUAGCAGCUCAUACCCCUUCCCAAGCCCCAGAGGCCAACCCAUCCUCAGCAACAGUCCCACCAACAGACAUUACCAUAUCAAUCCCAGUCCCUUCUCUGGCCCACUGCUCAUCCUCAGAUCCAGCCCAGACGGAGGGGCUUGAUGUACUGUUGGUCUUGGGGGACAGUGGGGCUGAGGGGGGCGCGUCACAGGGCAUGGCCACAUCUGCUCCAGGACAAGCCGAGACUCCCAUGGCAGCGGUGAAACUGGAGAGUGUGCUGGACCCCACAGAGCUUUCUACUCCCCAGUCCAUGGCAGAGGUCCUAGCCAAGAAAGAGGAGCUAGCUGACCGACUAGAGAAGGCCAACGAGGAGGCGAUCGCCAGUGCCAUCGCCGAGGAAGAGCAGCUGACCAGAGAGAUUCUGGCCGAGAACAACGAACUGGAAACUGACAACGAAAGUGACUUCUCUGCUGCCAUUGGCAAUGGAGGUUGUGGAGCUGUGGAUUGGAGUGAAAUGUUGGCAGAUUAUGAUGCUCGGGAGCCAUGGCGUCAGAGUACUUCAUGGGGGGACAUUGUAGAAGAGGAACCUUCUCGGCCUCCUGGACAUGGGAUCCACAUGCAUGAGAAACUGUCCUCACCGUCACGCAAAAGAACGAUUGCAGAGUCAAAAAAGAAACAUGAGGAGAAACAGCUGAAGGCGCAGCAGCAGAGGGACAAACUUCGGGAAGAAAAGACCCUCAAACUGCAGAAGCUCUUGGAGAGGGAGAAGGAGGUGAGGAAAUGGAAGGAGGAGUUGUUGGAGCAACGUCGGCGGAUGAUGGAUGAGAAACUGUUACAUGCAGAGUUUAAGCGAGAGCUCCAGCUCCAGGCGAUUGUGAAGAAGGCCCAAGAAGAAGAGGCCAAGGUAAAUGAAAUUGCAUUCAUAAACACUCUUGAAGCCCAAAACAAGAGGCACGAUGCCCUGGCCAAGUUAAACGAGUAUGAGCAGCGGCUCAAUGAGCUGCAGGAGGACAGACAGAGGAGACAGGAGGAGAAGCAGGCCAGAGAUGAGGCUGUGCAGGAGCGUAAACGGGUCCUGGAAGCAGAGCGGCAGGCCAGAGUGGAGGAGCUGCUGAUGCGGAGGAAGGAGCAGGAGGCUCGUAUCGAGCAUCAGAAGCAGGAAAAAGAGAAGGCUAGAGAAGAUGCAGCCCGGGAAAGGGCCAGAGACCGAGAGGAGCGUCUGGCGGCUCUUAGUGCUGCUCAACAGGAGGCCAUGGAGGAGCUACAGAAGAAAAUUCAGAUGAAGCAUGACGAGAGCAGCCGUAGGCAUAUGGAGCAAAUUGAGCAGAGGAAGGAGAAGGCUGCUGAGCUCAGCAGUGGUCGACACGCCAACACAGACUACGCCCCCAAACUGACACCAUACGAGCGCAAGAAGCAGUGCUCCCUGUGUGGCGUUAUGAUCACCUCGGAGGUGCACCUGUUCAGCCACACCAAGGGCAAAAGGCACCAACAGGCUGUGCGAGACAGUAGCAGCAUCCAGGGACGGGAGCUCUCUGACGAGGAAGUGGAACAUCUUUCUUUGAAAAAAUACAUUGUGGAUAUAGUGACGGACAGCUCGGUUUCCUCUGAGAGCAUGAAGCAUGUUGAGGAAAGGCAGAAGGCACGGAAGAAGGCGAAGAAACUCCGCACCAGGAUGAACUCCAGGGCAAAGGAAUAUGAGAUGUCAAUGGAGGCAAAGACACAGUUGACUGACUCCCCUUAUAAGGCCAAAUUGCAGCGCCUGGUGAAGGACCUGCUGAAGCAGUUGCAGGGCCAGGACAGCGGCCAGUGGGCCAACAACAAGGUGUCUGGUCUGGACCGAACCCUGGGAGAGAUCUCUCGCAUCUUAGAGAAACAGAACAAUGCAGACCAAGUUGCCUUCCAAGUGGGCGGCGGCCUGUCGGCUCUGGAACAAAUUCUGCAUGUCAUCACUGCUGCUUCCACACCCACCGCAGUUCCUCGUAUUCCUCUCAAAUCUCUCUGUGCUGCUGUAAACACCUACUACCUGGCAUGUUCCUGUUGCCCUCUCAACUGCUCCUACGUGCUGUUCAGCAACAAGAUAGCGCUUCUCAUGGACCUGCUGCUGCAUCAGCUCACCCUCUAUGUCCCAGACAACGAGUCAAUUUUUGGGCGCAGUGUGAACAAACAGGUCUUUGAGGGUUUGACGACAGGCCUGCUACAGACCAUCGCGACCAUCCUGGGGUCCCUGUGGCCAUAUCUCUCAGAGUCUGGACAAGGCGAAAACACAUGGAUUUCCUCCCCGGAUGCCAAGGUCAAGACUGCCACAGAGUCCUUCAACACGCGCACGCAAGACCUAAUCAGCUAUGUAGUAAACAUGGGUCUGAUUGACAAGUUGUACGGGUGCUUCCUGUCGGUCCAAAGUCCUGUAGACGAGCAGCCCAAGAUGUCUGCUUUCCUCCAGCAGGCCUCGACUCUGCUGCACAGCAUGUGUAAGCUGUGUUUUGUCGUGACCGGACGUGCUCCCAGUAUAUUUGACAAUAAACGCCAGGACCCGACUGGACUGACGGCCUUGUUGCAGUCCACAGACCUGGUGGGAGUGGUGCACACACUGUAUUGUAUCCUGCUGCACAGCUUCUCGCCAGAGUCUGCUUCCCAGAGUCAGGAGCCCUACGGCCCUGGGGUCAUCCAGGUGGCUGUGCAAGGCAUCCGCUUCCUCAACAGUUUUGCCCUGCUUGACCUAUCUGCCUUCCAGUCUGUUCUAGGAGCUGAGGGCCUGUCUCUAGCUUUCCGGCACAUUGUCAGCUCCCUGCUCUGGUACUGUUCCCAGCAUUCCUCUGAAGAGCUGCUGCAUGAAGUCAUCACCUGUGUGGGAUACUUCACCGUCAACCACCCAGACAACCAGGUGAUAGUGCAGUCUGGCCGCCAGCCCAGCGUGCUGCAGAAACUGUGUCAGCUACCCUUCCAGUACUUCAGCCACCCGCGCCUCAUCAAAGUGCUCUUCCCCUCCCUCAUCUCGGCCUGCUACAACAACCCUCAGAACAAGGUCAUCCUGCAGCAGGAGAUGAGCUGCGUGCUGCUGGCUACGUUCAUUCAGGAUUGUGCCGCAAAUGAGAAAGAGUCGGACAACAAAAAAAAGCAAGGAGUUUCCCAGAUGCUGGACUUCUGCGAGUUGUCCAACCGCUUUCCACGAGAUCAGUGGGACUCGGCGCUGCAGUUUUUUCUCAAGAAGCAGGAGGAGUGAUGCACGGCCCACUGUCCUCAGAGUGGACCAGCACAGUGUAAACACUACGGGGGGGGGGAGAGACUGCGAUGUGGAGAUGUUGAUGAGGAAUUUGUUCUUUUGUUUUCUGAUUGGACACAUGGGUAAAUUGUGUUGUGUUCUUCAGACUUUGUCAAAUGUUAGGAUUGUGAAGCCGAUACCCAUGUUGGUUCAUCCGUUUAGAUUGAUGAGGAAUUUGCACAUAAUGUCUUAUUUUGUUAUUAUUUUGUUGUUCGAGCACACACACAUCUCUUCCGUGUAAUAUCUAGACAAAACUUGUUUGUGUUGUAGAUAGAAAUGGAUCGGUUUUCACAGGAGUGACAAAAUAAUGUAAUCCUACUGUAAUUCAGUUUGCUUAACAUUUUCAUCAGUAAUAUUUGUGUUAAUUUAUUGUAUUUCUCUCAGUUUUGAAUGUGAAUAACUGGGAUGUUAUCUCUUGUUAACGUUAUGUCAGGUAUGUUACAUGACCUGCCUUGAUUGCAAUUUAUACAGUUGUGUUUUCACUUUUUGCUUCCCUGCUAAGAGGCACUUGAAAUUGAUAUAAUUUUUGAGUUAUUUGCCUUUUACCGUGUAAAGUAAUAUACUGAUGGUUAUUGCAUUGUUGUUCCUCGAUUUUCACAAAGUUGGCUUUGUAGCGAGUUUCUUUCCAUCAGGUCCUCAUUAACCCUUGAUGUUGAAGACAUGUGCUGAGUUGAUGGAUUUCUAUAAAUUGUAGUAAAAAAAAAGAAAUGCCUUGA